ACGUCACAGCAUGACCCGGACGUGACCCAAAAUGGCCGUCGCGUGCUGAGUUUUUAAGCGAUCGCGUGAUACCGGCGUGUUUACCGCUUUAUUUGCAGAGUCUUUACACACCUCGCCAAUCAUGAGGGCUGUUGUUCAACGUGUUAUGCAAGCUAGCGUCUCAGUUGGAAAUGAGUUGGUCAGCUCCAUUGGGCGGGGCCUCUGUGUACUAAUUGGUGUCUCCAGAGAUGACACACCAAAGGACAUGGAAUAUAUAGUCCGAAAGAUUUUAAACCUGAGAGUGUUUGAUGACGACCAAGAGAAAAGAUGGGCUCACAGUGUCAAAGACAAGAACUACGAAAUCCUGUGUGUGAGUCAGUUUACACUCUACAGUGUACUGAAGGGAAAUAAGCCUGACUUUCACCAGUCCAUGGCAGCUGAACAAUCUCAGGCCUUCUAUGAAGAGUUCCUCCAACAGAUGAGGAAAGCUUACCAACCUGACAAAAUAAAAGAUGGUAGGUUUGGUGCCUACAUGCAGGUCAGUAUACAGAACGACGGGCCAGUCACUAUACAACUGGAGUCACCUGUACAACAACAAAAGAGUAAGCCAGAGAAGGCCAAGGCUGCACGACAACAGAAAUGGGAGAAGAAAUCAGGAGCCAGUAACACAGCCGAGGAGCCAGCUGAUGCCAAAAUGGAGCAAGUGACUGAACAGUUGUCGCAGACUUCAACAUGACGUCCACUUUGUUGAAAGACACAAAAGGAUUAAAUUUUGCCUGACAUCAAUAUGCACAUCUGCAGCUGUAGGAAAACACACAAUGGCACCCAAAAAAGUGGAUUAGAUCAUCUCCAAACAAAAAAUGGAAGAUCUCAUACAUGUUGAAUAUUUUUAGUGAAUCUGCUGUUUUAUUCAAUUUUAACUGUUAAGCCAACUGUAUCUUAUCUUUACCUUUUCGACCUUCCCUGACAUUCUGUGAGCUACUGUGAGAAUAAGGGAAACACUUGACCUCUUUCACACUGGUGAAUGUACUUUUAUCUGAAAUGCGCAUACUGUAAAUCUGGAAAUAUUUGCAGUGACCUCUCCUGUGCAAAACCAUCACAAACUUUCUGCCAGCAGUGCACCUUCAGCACACUGGAGUAGGCAUUUUGCUAAGGAUUCUCUCUUGGUUAUGGGGUUAGGCAGUAAGGAGAAAGUUAGAUAUGGCAAAUGCCUGCUUUCCCCCUCAAACCUAUUAGUAAGUGAAUUUACAGUUUAAGUAGGUGAGACAAGCAGAACCCAUUAUAACAGUCAUCAGUGAAGUAUGGGUUGACGUACACUACUCAUAACUCUGAGCCCUCAGCACCACGUUUUCGGGACAUUAAUCAUUAAACAGUAGUCUCUUACUCUUAGUCACAUUGGCGCAGUAUUCCUGGCUAGGCAGGUGGACACGUGAUCGACAAGUGACAGGUUUGAUUCCAUGCGUUCCCGACACUUCAGAGAAUCUAUCCACUUUAGAAUUCAUGCAAUUAUUUUGCAUUACGUGGUGUUCUGCCUGGAUAUCUAAUCUUCAUCCACGCUGAAUAUAUUUGCUGUUAACAAGCCACAUGUCUGUGUCUUCCACGGAAUGAAGACUUUCGAACGGAGUGGGUGAGCAACAGGUGUUGGUGACAACGCAGGAAAUGUCCCUCACAAAUGUUUGCUCAUCUGUUAAUGCCAGGCCAUGACUGGAUUGUUUCAUAGACAUAAAAUUCUCGUUUGAUAGGACCACAGGUCAAUGACCCCAGGCUGAAUACCCUAUGAUACUAAAUUCUGUGUCCCCCCAUAGAUGCGUUGAGCGGCCAAAAUUUUGACAGAUUUCUCAUGCAGGGGAGCGCUCAACGGUCCGCAAGCUUACCCGAAGGUCUGUCGGUGAUCGUGCAGUGGUCCGCAUGUCGCCAUUGAAUGUUGAAGUAUUUUAAAGCAGUGGAAGCUUUUUCGCCGAGCCAACCUUUGCAAUGGUUUGGGCGAAUUUUUGGUGACAUAUCGAAUUUUAGUCGUCCGGCGGUUACCGUCCAUGGAAAUUCAUUGUAUUUAUAGUACGGGUGAAAGAGACUCGUUACAGUAAGCAGAUAGACUGGAUAUUAGUCCUUUGAUACAGGACGCUGUGCUGCCCGCCGGGCGUUUAACAGCCACUAUUAGGAAGAAAAAUUAGUAACCGCUCGUACAUCCGGGCCCAGAUGAGCUCUUCUAUUGUGGACAUCCAUCUACUGACAGAAAAGGUGGGAGCCAGACUUGCCGGGUACCUACUACAUAAGGACCGCCUGGCAAAUUAGGCCAUUUUGGUGGCCUCUUAGCUAAGUUUUCCCAUUGACUCAAGCUUUGAUACUCCCGUCUACAGUGAUCUGUUAUCAUAGAGUGGCGUCCUGGGCAGUAUUGACUGUAGUUAUUGACCGAAUAGGGUGAAUAAUUUUCCAGAGGAAUUAGACGUUGGUUACUAUAAUUAGGCUCUAGUUGGUUGACAUCGAAGGCCAUAGCGGCUGUUCACAGGCCCCGGAGUUGCUAACAUGUAACUUGCCGACUGAAUCCUCUAGCGAAUCAUUCACCCUAUUUGGCCAUUUUCUCCAUGUGACCAGAGGAGUUUGGCGGAGGGAGACUGUGAGGCUCCAGACACAGGAGUACAUUAUAACCGGAGACAUUUUGCAAAGGAUUGAUGACUACGGCGAAAGUUUCGAGGAAAGACAUUCUUUGUACAUUCUUGGCGAACCUGAGGUCAGAGAAUGCACCAGACUGCUUUUGACAGUACUCGUAGUGUGAAGAAAAUUGAUUGGGAUGCAGCAGUGAACUACAUCCACCACAGUCCGUAUGGAAUAAAAAAGCGUGUAACACAUCUAACAUUUGUCUACUCAUCCAUUUAUAACGGUGGCAUAAUCCGUCCUGCAUUCAUUUAGCCGCACUUGAAUGUGGUUUGGCAAUGCAUACAAGUCAUGACUCUAGCACAUUAAUGUGGCGAUGUUGUUUUCAUUCCCCUUUUCUCGUCCUUUCUGCUGCGCCAGGAGGCCGUGUUUGAAAUCAAACAUCGGUCCACUUGAUGGGUUUAGUAAUGGAGUACCAGCGUGGUUUGUUUUGUCACCAUGGCAACAUCAGCACCAGCCGCUCCGCCGGAGGAAGUCGGGUACUUACGGCAGGAUUUGCACCUACAUUUAUCUUCCUUAGGUUUUACAUGUACGCACUCAGACAGACAAAUGUCAUGUAGUACAUGUUUGGAAUAGAAUUUCAGAUUACGUUCUGAACACAGCAGUGUUGAUUGUAUCUCGAUGGGAUCACUGGUCAUUCUUCUGUUUCAAAAAAAAAAGAACUCAAACCUAACAAUAAAGAGCUAGCAUUUAAAUCAGACUA